UGCCAGAAGGAACCCGGAAUGCCGUACCUGGACCGACAGAAUCGGAUCUGCGGGUUCCUGGACAUUGAAGAAAAUGAGACCUGUGGCAAGUUCCUGCGGAGGUAUUUUAUCCUGGACACCCAGGCCAACCACCUCCUGUGGUACAUGGACAACCCUCAGAACCUGGCCAUCGGAGCGGGUGCUGUGGGAUCUCUGCAGCUGACCUAUAUCUCCAAGGUCAGCGUCGCCACCCCCAAACAGAAGCCGAAAACUCCGUUCUGCUUUGUCAUCAACGCCCUGUCCCAGCGCUAUUUCUUGCAAGCCAGCGAUCAGAAGGAUCUGCAGGACUGGGUGGAGGCGCUGAACCGGGCCAGUAAGAUCACGGUGCCCAAGGGCGGCAGCGUCCCCCCGGCCACAGAGAUUGCGAAGCCCCCCGUGGUCCCCCAGGCCCAGGAGAGGAAGCCCCAGGUGGCCUACAAAACAGAGAUUGUGGGGGGGGUGGUGGUCCACACGCCCAUCUCCAUCAACCAGAACGGCGGGGACGGAGGGGAGGGCAGUGAGGUGGGGGCUGCCCACCCGCUGCUGCGGCGCUCGCAGAGCUACAUCCCCCCCUCGGCCACCAAACCACCCACAGGGCCCCCCGCGCUCAAGAGCGGCUUCUGCGUCAAGCAGGGGAACGUGAGGAAGAGCUGGAAGCGGCGGUACUUCGUCCUGGAUGAGUUUUCCAUCAGUUACUACAAGUGUGAGCAGGACAAGGAGCCCUUGCGUUCGAUUCUGCUGAAGGACGUUUGCAAGACCCACGAGUGCCUGGUCAAGUCUGGUGACCUCCUGAUGCGGGACAACCUCUUUGAAAUCAUAACAAGCUCCAGGACCUUCUACAUCCAGGCAGACAGCCCCGAGGACAUGCACAGCUGGAUCCGGGCGAUCACGGCCGCAGUCCAGGCCCUGAAGACCCGCCCCAGGGAGAUGUCCUUCAUGAGAUCCACCUCCAUGGGCAGGUCCGGCAGCUCUUCAGCCCCGUCCCCGGUGCGGCCGGCGGCCGAGGAGCGGAGAGCCCCGGGCAGGGCCCCGUCCAGCUCCUCCUGGCAGCCCUGGACGCCGGUGCCGCAGGUGCCGCCGGUGCCGCCGGCGGAGGGGAAGCGGCCGGAGCCGCUCAGAGACUCGGUGUUCGUGGCGGCCCUGACGGAGCGCGGGGGCAGAGCCGCACCGGGGACGCGCCUGCGCCACAGGUCGGAGCCGCAGCACCUCAAGGAGAAGCCCUUCGCCUUCGACCUGGACGACGAGAGCAUCCGGACCUCCGACGUCUGAGCGAGCACCACCGAGCCACCCCCCCCGGCUCCACCCAGCACCGGGGGUCCCUGAGGGGCGAUUGGGGCUGUGCAGGGUGGUCCCUUCCCUCCCCACAGCCCUUCCCUGCGGUGCAGGAUCGCUCUGGACCUGCAUCCCGGUGCCCUGCUCUGCCCUGGCUGCUCCUGCCCGGGCUUGGCCCCGGUGGCUCUGUGUUUUGGAAGGUGCCUCCGGGCACUGCCAGCACUUGCUGUGUGGGGCAGGAGGUGCUGGGGACCUGGAUGAGGGGACAUCUUCUGCAACUCCACAAUAUCCCCCAAAAACCAAGUCUGGAGGAAGUGACAGGAGGUCUUGGAAGCGUGAAGGGAAGUGUGGCCUUUCUUGUGUUUGAAAAACGUUUCUGUCCCCUUUGAAGCUGCUCAGACUCCCCAGGAGUGGGGCAGAGCUGAGAGAUCCCAGCCCACAGCUGCCUACACAGGGGACUCCCUGCAGCUUCCCCUUCCAAUGACUUACUACCCUCGGACCAGCUCUUCCCACCGCCUGCCCAGGGGUGUAUCAGCAAUCUGUUGGCUUUUAAUUACAUCCUUUUAUACGUGUGGCUCCUGUUGAACCCCAGCCCGGGCAGGUGCUCAGCCUCCCCAAGUGUUUUUUGGUACUUCCUGAGCGCAGGCCAGAGCAGGGAGCUGGAGCAACGGUGGCUCCCAGGUGGGAGCAUCCUCAGGUACGGUGUUGGGUUUGCACUGUGCACACCUGGACACAGGGAGCCGUGUUGGGUGGGGAAGGGCUUUUAGGAAAAAGCACCGAAAAGCGAGUGCCUGAUGGAACUGGGCAGACUUGUCUGGCUGACUCACCCACUGCCUGCCCGAGGUGGAAACCACCGCGAGCGUUUAGGGCGACGUGAAUCGUCAUUUCCAUAACCAAAUGAGCUCCUGUAGGUGUGAUAAGUAGUGUGUAGAAAAUCCAGGUGUUCCCUUGGCAGCGAGAUCGUCUGAUACCUUCACCCCGAAAGCGAGUGCAAUCCCCGGGUGCUGAGUGAGGACACAGCUCCCCUUUCGCCUCCCUGGCCAUUGCACAUCCCCUGCUCUGCACACUCAGCCCAGCCUGCUCCCCAGGAGCACAACAUCUGCUUUCUCCCUGCCCUUUUGGGGCCUCCAGCUGUUUGACAGCUGUUCCUCAGCCUCAGCCCAGGGUUGAGAGGAGCUUUAUCAGUUGAGCUCUGAGCCUUGAUUAGCCCAACUGACCUUAACACGAUUCAAACUGCACCUUCCUGCCUUGGUCCCCUCUGGGGAUCGGUGUUGCUGCUCCGGGGCAGGCACAGGGGAGCUGCCUGGGUGCAGCUGGGGGAGGCAGGGAUGGGGCCCCCCAGGUUCAGGGGUCUCAAAAGGGGUUGUGUGGAGGAGCUGGAGAAAACCGAGAUGAUGAAAACGAGUGUGAAUCGAUGAAAAUGGUACAGGGCAAGUGUUAGAACUUGUUAUUUAAUUGUAGCAGCUCAGAUCCUGCUGUUCCUUUUUCUGCUCCUUUUUGCUUUAUUUGCACUAGAGUUUGAAAUCUUUAAUUUUUUUAGGCUGACUUGCUGUUUGGCUCCUAACGCAGUGUUCCAGGAAUGUUUUAGUAGUUUGGUAAAGCCCAUCCAUCAGAGUCACAGUGUUGGGUGACAGCGCUCUGACCUCAGUCUUGGAGAACAGGGAAUGCAGAGGGAUGAUGGUUCCUUCCUGCAAGGCCUUGGAACCCCAGAGUCCAGAGUCUUCCUGGUGCUUGAUAAUUGCACAGUUUCCUCGGGCCUGGGAUGGUAAAACAGAAGCUUGUUGCACAAUUAGGGUUAAUUAUCCAGGAGGAGAAACUACCAGUGACUCCAGCAUUAUUGCAACAUUCCUGUUGCUCGUUCCCACCCUCCUGCAUCCCCAGGACAGCGUGAAGGCUGCAGAUGAAUUUCAAGUGUGGAGCUGAGCCGGGCUCCAGCCCCAUCUGUUAUGCAGGUGGUGUUGGGCAGAGGAAUUUCCCUCCCAUCCUGAAGGACAGGGCGGGUGCAGCCAGACCUCAAUGAGCUUUGUGGUGAUUUUAAAGCAAGCUGGUGUCCUCUCAGCUCUGCAUUUGUCUCCCAGCUCUCUGGCCUGGACACACCCCCAUGGAGCUGGUCCCUCCUGAAGCGUGUGCUGUGGGGCUUUCCUGGGGGUGCUGCAGAUUCGGGGUGCCCUGCGGGCAGAGUGGUGUGAGAGAAGGGUUUGCCCUGUUCCCAUGGACAUUCCCAGGUGAUUGCAGCCGUUCCUGCCAGUGCUGGCCGGGGAUUUCAAGUGCUCUUAGGGCCGGGGGCCUGGUGGGGGUGAUGCUCCGUGACUGCCGGGUGUGGGGUACCCACCCCCCGCCCCUCGCCUGGAAAUGCUGGAGGGCCCUUUCUUCCCUGUGUUUUUAAAUAAAGAGGGAAAUUCCAGUUGCUUUC